AGAGAGGAGGGGGGGGGGGGGCAGAGAGUGAGUGAGAGACAUAGAGACAGAGAGGAGGGGGGGUUUCUAACUGCAGGCUCUGCCUCUCUGAGGGGCUUCAGCACUGCGCUUCAGUGAAGUGCCCUCUCGCCCAGGGGUGUGCUGCGGUGUGUAUGAGUGAGUGUGUGUGCAUGUGAGCCGGACCCUCAGGAGCCAUGUCGGACCCCAGGGAUAUUGACGAGGAUGCCAUCCUCAAGGGCCUCAGUGCUGCGGAGCUGGAUCAGCUGGAGUAUGAGCUGCAGGAGAUGGACCCCGAGAAUGCCAUGCUGCCCGCUGGCCUCCGACAGCGUGACCAGACGAAGAAGAGCCCGACGGGGCCAUUUGACCGCGACGCCCUGCAGCAGCACCUGGAGAAGGAGGCCAUGGAGCACCCGGACAGGGAGGACCUGGUGCCCUUCACCGGGGAGAAGAAAGGAAAAACCUUCGUGCCCAAGGCAGCACCAGAGAUUCCCAAACACGAGCAGGUGAUCCUGGAGCCGGAGCUGGAGGAGGCUCUGAAGAACGCCACCGACGCAGAGAUGUGCGAUAUCGCAGCUAUCCUUGGAAUGUACACACUGAUGAGCAACAAGCAGUACUACGACGCUCUGGGCACCACGGGAACCAUCGCCAACACAGAGGGCAUCAACAGUGUGGUGAAACCUGAUCCGUUUAAGAUCUUCCCUGAUGAGCCGCCGAACCCCACCAACGUGGAGGAGACCCUGGAGAGAAUCCACAACAACGACAGCAGCCUGACUGAAGUCAACCUCAACAACAUCAAGGACAUUCCCAUCCCCACUCUGAAAGAGAUCUUUGAGGCGAUGAAGGGAAACUCUCACGUGGAGUUUCUGAGCAUUGCUGCGACCCGCAGUAACGACCCUGUGGCCUAUGCGUGUGCCGAGAUGCUGCAGGAGAACACCAGCUUGCAGAGUCUUAAUAUCGAGUCCAACUUCAUCACUUCAGACGGCAUGAUGGCGGUCAUCAAAGCUAUGGCCAACAACGCCACGCUGGUGGAGCUCAAGAUUGACAACCAGAGGCAGAAGCUGGGAGACUCAGUGGAGAUGGAGAUCGCCUCCAUGUUGGAGAACAACUCCAGCAUCCUGAAAUUCGGCUACCACUUCACCCAGCAGGGUCCCCGCGCCAGAGCCGCCAUGGCCAUCACACGAAACAACGACAUGCUUCGCCAGCAGAGAUUAAGAUGAAGUCAACACAGAGGAAACAGAAGAAGAAGAACCAGACGCCUCCGACAGCCUCGUGGCAGCUUUCUCAGUGUGCAGCGCCGUGUGGAGCCGAACGACUCCUCCCAGAUGAAGCUGGGUCGCUGUGUGCACGGUGCAACCCGCCUAACAUACAUUUCAUUUCAUUUAGUGCGGCCGGCUUUGUGUAGACUGCUGAAUUCAUCAUAAAGGCAUGUAUAGGUCACAAGCAAAAUGUGAAGUGUCUUUUUUUUUGUGCUUUUAGUUUGUGCAUCGCCAACAUCAUCCCGACAAAACGUCAUUCAUAAAAACAUUUUCAAUGUGGUGCCAUCUGUGGGAAGAAAUCAAACUGUAAAUACUUUAAAUAAAAAUAUAUCUUCAAGUA